AUGGACUUGCCGGCGAGCCGCGGGCGGUGGCGCAGGCGGAGCGCUCGGUCGCACCUGCCCCUCGUCGUGGCUGUCCUCGUGCUCCUCCUCCCGGCCUUCCUCCUCUUCUCCUCCGCCUACUCCUCCAUGCUCCGCGCCCUCCUCCCCUUCCCCGCCUCCGGCGGCAGCGGGCGGGCGGUCCGGUACGGUGCCUCUACGGGGCUCGAGGGCGAGAGGUUCCUGUGGUACGCGCCACACAGCGGGUUCAGCAACCAGGUGGGGGAGCUCCGGAACGCCGCGGUGGCCGCCGCGCUGCUGAACCGCACCCUCGUCGUGCCCCCCGUGCUCGACCACCACGCCGUCGUCCUCGGGAGCUGUCCCAAGUUCAGGGUCUCCGAUCCCGCCGCUCUACGCGCCGCCGUAUGGGACCACGCCAUGCAGCUCCUCCGGGAGCGGAGGUAUGUUUCAAUGGGUGACAUCGUUGAUCUAUCCCCAAUAAAGGAUGUGGUUAGGACAAUUGACUUCAGAGUGUUUGUCACGCUGUGGUGUGGUGUAGACAUGCAGAAGACAUGCUUUUCUGGGUUGUGCUGCGCUGUUUCUCGUGGCAGCUCAUCAUCAGAUGACUACAAUAGAUGCCGAUCGUUGCUGUCUGGUUUAGGGGGCAGUGAAAAAAGCUGUGUGUAUCAUGUACAGGAUGACUGUAGAACAACAGUCUGGACAUACCAAGAGAACAACGAUGGAGCAUUGGAUGCGUUUCAGGCAGAUGAACAGUUGAAAAAGAAGAAGAAGAUCUCAUAUGUUAGGAGGCGCAGAGAUAUAUACAAGGCUUUAGGGCCUGGUUCAAAAUCUGACGAUGCUACCUUGUUGGCAUUCGGGACACUCUUCUCAGGACCAUACAAGGGAUCAGAAUCUUACUUUGACAUCCAUGAAUCACUAAGGGAUCAUAGAAUACAUAGUGUAUUCGAGAAGAGCUCCUUCCUUCCUUUUGCCCCCGAGAUCAUGGCUGCAGGGAAAGAGUUUGCUAAGAACAAGAUCAAGGAGCCCUUUCUUUGUGCGCAACUAAGAUUGUUAGAUGGCCAAUUCAAGAAUCACUGGAAAGCUACAUUCUCCGCGGUUAAGGAGAAGCUGAAAGCUCUUGAGUUGGAAAUGAAGAGAAACAAGGCUAGUGGUCCUAUUAAUAUGUUCAUCAUGACCGAUCUUCCACCAGCAAACUGGACCAAAACCUAUCUUGCAGAUAUUGCAGAAGAUGGGAGAUAUAAACUGUACACCCUGAAGCAAAGUGACGAAUUAGUGCUGCAGACCGCGGAAAGGCUAAUGGCUGCUGAACAUGGCAUAAGGUCUGGAUUCCUUCCAAGAAUCAUAGAAGGCACAAAGAAGGAUUGUGAUCCUGUUCAACUACCUGAUAUUUUGUUGUAUGUUGAAGAAUCUAUCUGUAGCUGUGCAUCACUAGGGUUUGUUGGGACUGUUGGAUCAACCAUAGCAGCAAGCAUAGAAACAAUGAGGAAGAACAAUGUCUGCAAAUUGUAGGAAAACCACAUCCUUCAAGCAAGCUAGCUGAAAACUAACCAGCACUACUUUACAUGUCGAUUGUGGUUUGGGAGCCAUUAUACUAGAGAGAUCUGAAUCAUCACUCAUUUUCACCCACCAUUUCAAGCAUGAGUCUGAGAGACACUGGUUCCAUGGCCAGGUUCAUUUAACACCUAUAGUGCUGAGCAUCUCAUGGGAAAUUACGGUAUAUUAUGCAGAAAAAUGGCUCCUUUUCUAUUUGCUAUUGUGUAGAAAGAUAGGGUUCAUGUUUGUGUGCUGUGCCCAAAUCAUUUUUUUACCCUUUUCUUUUUCUCAUUAAUUUUGUAUACACAUUUCCCCCUGUUCGUAGUGUAUCCUGUAUCCUCACACAUAUGCCAUGAGAACAGUGAUAGCUUCAGAAAAAUGCUGGGAUCGUGGAUUUCUUUUU